AUGGACCCGGUCGCCUCGUCGUUUCUCGUUUCCAUCCACAAAAUGCUGGAGAUGAACAGUAUGGUGGGUUUCUUUAAUGUGGAUGCGCACGAGCAGCGGAAGGAGAUAGCAGUGGCCAUGUCUGCCAUCGGCUCUUCCCUCGACAAUAGCCCUGAGCCAACCGAGAAUCUCACACAACGCAAGCUGCACAAAAAAGUGAACCUGGAAAAGAAAAUCGACUUUCUGAUCCGAGUACGAAACCUGGGACGCCAGGACGACGAUGAGCAAGAGGAUGGGCAGAAGCCCGACUCGGACGAUCCCGCAAAUUAUUAUGAUGAUAGACCAUCCGCGACGCACAGGUUUGGCGAUGUGCCAAUCACCAUGGUUGGAAAGAGCGAGCCGGUGUCAGCAGCGGAUUUGGCCGGAAAGCCGUUCGUAUGUGCCGAGUGCGGGGCAAGAUUUACCCGCAAAGCCGGAGUCCGCCGCCAUUGCCGAUCUAUCCACAGUUCCGAACGGAUACAAUGCCCCUUCGAAAAAUGCACUAUUGGCUUUCGCUCGGAGAAGAUGCUGGAGCAACACACGCGAAAUGCUCAUGGCUCACCGCAACAUGCAAAAGAGAAGCGAAAACGCCGGAAGUCGCCGUUGAGGGCUGAU